AAUUUGUUUUCGUUUUUAUCGAAAACUUAUGAUAUGUCAUGUUUUUUCAGUGAUAUCUUUGUAUGCUAGAUGUGUAAUUAAUAAACUAGUUUGUUGGCACAUGUUAAAGCAAAAAUGACGACUGUUACAUCGUCACAUGGACCUACAGAGGUCAUAAACGCUCGUCGUACAGAAUCUCUUGACGCACCAGCCAUACUAGAGUUGAUAGCCCCACGCACCAAUUCACAAUUUGGCAGAGUCAAUAUUGUGCAUUUGAUUGAAAAAUCAAAUCUAUCUGUAACUCUUAACAAUGAAGAAAAUGAGGUUUUAGGGUUUGCUGGAUUUUUAGACCAACCACAAAUAGAAGUUUGUAACCCAGCUGAAUGGGAGCAAUGGAUGUUAGAUAUGAAAUAUAAACUCUCCUCUAAUGCUUCUCCAUUAAACAGUCUUUUUCUCCAUUACUUUGCUGCGAAAGAUGAUUACACCAUUGGGUGCGCGAGUGAAAUUGUUCGCACUGUGUUUAACGCUGUACCAGAGCUUCGGUUCAUAUUUCUAUCGCUGAGAUCGGACACUAAACCAGAGCCAGCACUGGCACAGAUCUUUCAUCCUGCAGAAAGAGAUGGCUUAGGAGGCCACCAUACAUUGUAUGUAUGCCACCGACACAACCAUGUACCAUUACUUCAUGUUCGUAAAGCUUGUGUAGAGGACCAUGAUGACCUUACUCCAAUAUUUAAACAACUCAACAAUAAUCUGACUGAGACAUAUGGGGAUUACUUCCUUGCUGAAAUGAUUGAGGCCCAAGAUGAGGACAAUCAUUCUAUAGUAGCUGAAGUUGGUGGGAAAGCAGUUGGGUUCCUCAGUGUAUGCUCGCAUGUUAAUGUAAAACUCUUGCAGGAUUGUUUUGAGCUCGAUUCUUUCCACGGUCUCUGCAAGGAACAUCCGGAUGAUAUUCUCCAAGACGAGGCUCCCCCUCCUCCCACUCCUCCUCCAUCUGCUCCCACAUCCAACCCUGAAGAAGGAGCAAGGAUAAGUGAAGUGUCAAUCAAAAGUUCUUCCUCAGAAGCUGACAAUCAAGAAGAAAAAAAGGACUCUGUUUCCGUGGCAACUAAUGCUGAAGAAAUUCAAUCUGAAUCAGAACCUUCCAGUAGCUCUGCACUGCCCCCUACUGGCUCAAAACCUAAAUUGAGCGAAAUUCACAUGCAAAGCAGCUCCUCACUUUUUCAGGAUAAUGAAGAGAAUAAGAAUGAGGAGGUUUUCUUCCGAGAGUCACCAAUUUCUCCCAAACCAUUUGUGUCAACAUACAAAGGGGAAUCCAAUGCAUUUUCCAUUCAAUUGUUUUGCAUUGAUGAGCAAUAUGAAAUGAGAUCUGCAGAUUUUCUGCCCAAGAUUUUCAAGCUUUUUCCCGACAAGGACUUUGCCGUGAUAACAGUACCUCAUCUAGUGCCGGAGUUUCCUCUUAUACAACAAUUUGUUCGAGUGACUCCAAAACCGAUGACAAAUCUGCCGCAUGAGUUGUAUGUGUUCCAUAGAAAUGGACUUCUUUCUUCAGGAUUUAAUGUUAGACUGGCAAAGACAGAAGACUAUGAACAAGUUGAAAAAUUAACAAAAAACAUAAAACUUCGCGAGAAUUUGCUCGCUGAUCUAAAGCUGUUCAACUCUGCAAGACGAGACACUGAUGGGACAGAAAUACAAGCUUUUGUGGCUGACUGUAUCGGCCAGGUUGUUGGAAUAUGCAUUGUAAGAAGAGAGGAAAAUGUUGAAGAAGUCCGUGCAUAUUACAACAUAGAGGAUUUUAUUUACUUCAACCAUCAUAGACGAGAUGAACAUUCUCAUCUCCAUCAUUUUGCUCUUAACCCAAUCUUCCAACAUUAUGCAAAGCAUUUCAUCAAAGAGGUUUUACGGCAAGGCCACAAGUCAUGUUUGUAUUACCCCAUCUACCCAAGCUAUGCUCCACAAAGCUGUAGUGAAAAACACUCCCUAAUAACAGGCUUGAAUUUUAUGGUCCCUGUGCGUGCUAGGAGACAGAUUGAAUACCCUUUGCAGGAACUUGGUAUAAAUGCUCCAUCUGAGAGAGUUAUAAGCAAGUCCCCACCUUAUGCCAUCAACCAUAUAAACAGGAAAUUAACAUUGGAACCAAAGGUCACAAUCAAUGCCCGUAUUGUGGUUGUUGGCGCGUCAGACGUUGGAAUUUCGUUUCUUGAAAGCCUCUGCUUCUGUCCCCACUUACGGUUCAAUAAUCUUACACUGGUAUCAAAACGGGGGCUUCCCCAGACACUACUGUCAUCUUCCGAGUCAUAUUCAAGGGAUGACUUGGCGCGAUUAUCGCUGAGGUCAUGGGUUAAUAUCGUACAAGGUUUCAUGACGGACAUUGAUAGAAAGAGGAAACACGUUAUAACAGCAGAUGGAGCUAGAGUUGCAUAUGAUCAUUUGAUUAUUUGCACUGGCCAGCAGUAUCAGAUACCUUGUCCCACUGGAGCAGAUGUAAACAACAUGGCCGCCAACCAUGAUUUGACGAAGGGUGCUGGCAACAAACCAUACGACAUGUCUAAGCCAAUACCUGACAAUGUAGUGUCAGUCAAUGAUGAUUAUGACGUCAGAAAGCUAUCAUUAUGGGCAACAAAUAUGGGGUUAAAAUGUGAAAUUCAAGUUCAAGAUGAAAAAUCACCUAUGGUGGUAGUAUACGGCCGCUCUUUUGAUGCCUACACCACUGUUCAAUGUCUUAUGUCACAUGGAAUCCCUGGGCCUAGAAUUGCCUUGGUCCGUCCGCCCACACAAAAUACAACAGUGUCAGUAUCGGAUGAUAUUACAAAUGGAGACCCAUUUAAUGAGCCGGUAGUGUCAAAGAUGGUGCAGGAUGGACUUGAAACUGCAGGGGUGCGUGUUUUUGAUGACCAUGUAUUGGCUGAUUGGUGUCAAGAAGAAAAUAACUCAGGAGGCACCCAUAUCACAUCAGUGUCUUUCACAAGCCCGACCAAACCUGUGAUUCAACUACCAUGUAUGCGUUUCAUAUCCUUCCAUCCAAAACGAAUCGACGAACGGACAUUCUUGGCUCUAAAUCGUGCUUGUUUGGUGUUUGAUGGCCGUCUUGCUAUCGAUUCUUCGUUUAAAACCAAUGACCCGUCAAUUAGAGCAGCCGGGCCAAUAACAAAAUAUGCGCGACGUUACCAUGCAGAGGGUUACUGGUCACGCCAUGAAAAUUACAGCUCCAAAGAAAUUGGGUUCAGAUUAGCGCUAACUGUGUUACCCCUAUUUGACCCCACUUUGGAUGGCUCUGAUCACGGGGAAUAUCCCCCUAUAACCCCAGCUACGACUGUGAAACCUGAAACCCCAAUGCCAGAAAAUCCACAUGAGAAAUUGAUACCAGUGUAUACAGACCCAAAGGUCACACAAGGUGUAUUACCAGGCGGUUACACUUAUCUACACAUUCGUAAGCCUGGAGACCGGCCCUCUUAUGCUGCACAGCUUGAUAAUAUCGAUCAUGGAAUGGAGAUAGUAACAGGCUCCCCUGAAAAUGGCAACUACUUCCGCUUGCAUCUUAACCAGUAUAAGAAAGUAGAGACAGUUACUUGCCUUGUUAAAGAUGUGAAGCUUCCAGCUUCUAAUCUUGUACGAUUGUAUGGUGUUCACGAAAGAUAUCUCAACAACCUUGUGGCUCGGUUAAAUGAAGCCAUGAUUCCAGAUCUUUACGUUUUCUUCCGCGAGCCGUGGUGUAUGUCUAUUUUCCAUGAUAGAUUCCAAGAUUUCAGACAUGAGGUUCGAGAAUUGCUCUCUAGCGCUCCUCCUGGUGCUGAAAGCUUGCCGUCAUUGGAGGCUAAAGUGCGCCAGCUUGUGGAUGAGGAUCUCAACAUAAGCAGCCAGCAGAGAGCAGAGUUGAAGAUGAGAUUUGCCAACAAUGGCCAAAGGAAAGAAGUGGAAGCUAGAUUGCUCAGUUACUUGAGUUAUAACUACUACCACUUACCUAUGUAUGCAAAACCUGGAAUGGUUUAAUAUAGUUUCUCAGUUUAGAUGUGUGGUUGUGCCCUUAUUUUUAUGCUUUGUGAAAAUGUAAAAUAAAAUAUAUUUUUUCAUGUCAUCAAAUAA